AUGCCCCCCAUCGCCGUCACGCCUCUUGAGGAUCAAGAAAAUGUUUCCGAACUCACUGCACACGGCAUCGAGCACGCCCUCGAAAAGUCCGCGCCCUCGCAAUUGAAAUCCGCUUCUCUCUCCAACUCAAUCACACAACUGCCCGCCACAAAGUCACAGCAUGACACCCCAACGCCCCUCGCCGAACUCGACGCCUCCCUCCUGCAGACUACCUACACCACAUCCCCCCGUCCCGUCCCCGCCAUCGGCUCACCAGAAAUGGCUUCGCAGAGGGUCUGCACCGACCACAUGAUCCAAGCCAAAUGGACCUCCUCCACCGGCUGGGAAGCUCCCACGCUCCAGCCCUACGGCCCCCUCUCCCUCAUGCCCACAGCAUCCUGUCUCCACUACGCAACCGAAUGCUUCGAAGGCAUGAAGCUCUACCGCGGGCACGACUCCAAACUCCGCCUCUUCCGCCCCUCGCUAAACUGCGCCCGCAUGCUCGUAUCCACGAACCGGAUUGCCCUCCCCGGCUUCCCUCCAGACGAGCUGCUCAAGCUCAUCGUUAAGCUCUGCGCCACCGACGGCGCGAAGUGGCUCCCGAAAGAACGCGCUGGCUCGUUCUUGUAUAUCCGCCCCACGAUGAUAGCGUCUGAUCCCGCGCUUGGCGUCCAGCGACCGAGCGAAGCCUUGCUCUUCGUUAUCCUGACGUGUUUUGCGCCGAUGGACGACCUGAAGGGGGGGAUGAAGCUUCUCGCGUCGAAGGAUGAUAUGAUCCGCGCGUGGCCUGGAGGCUUCGGGUAUGCGAAGGUGGGAGCGAAUUACGGGCCUUCGCUCGUUGCGCAGGGCGAAGCUCGGGCGCUGGGAUACCACCAGAUUCUGUGGCUGUUUGGGGAGGAGUGCUUCGUUACGGAGGCGGGGGCUAGUAACUUUUUCGUUGUGUGGCGGACGAGGGAGGGGAAGGUGCAGCUUGUUACGGCGUGUUUGACGGAGCAGAUUGUGCUGGAUGGAGUGACGAGACGGUCGGUGCUGGCGCUGGCGAAGGAGCGGCUGGCGGCUGGACAUGAGGAUCUCGAGGCAGUUGAAGUUGUGGAACGCAAAUUUAGCAUGGCGGAGGUUGUAGAAGCCAUUGAUGAAGGAAGACUGAUUGAGGCGUUUGGGGCGGGCACUGCGUGGUUUGUUGCUCCUGUUGGUCUCAUCCACUUCCGCGGCAAAGACUACACUGUACCCAUGGGAGAUGAUGGUGAGAGCGGCAAGUACGCGAAGGUGCUGAAAGAUUGGCUCAAAGGGAUCAUGUGGGGUACAAACGGACAGGAGAGUCACGAGUGGGGCUACGUCGUUGAUGAGGAAUGA